UGGCUGCUGGGUAAAUAAGACAUUUGUAGGAAGCGCUCCCCGUUCCUUGUUCUCUCUCCGAGCAGACUUGUCAUUUUUCAUUUUGGCCACUCCCCUGCAGAUCCUGCCCAUCUCCCCUGUGUUUAACUAACUCAGGACACUAGCGCAAGAUCCACGCCUAAUUAAAUUAAUUAGGGAUUCUUGUCAAUCCUGGAUUAAUGGCCGAGAGCAACCCCUGGCCACAAUGAUCUGAAACCUGGAGGACUAGUGAUCUCUCUGUCUGUCUCUGUCGGCUCGGCGGUGCGGGGCUGCUGCGGGAGAAGGGGGUUCAUUCAGAGUUCCAAGGGGAGGUAAUUUGCUGAGAACAAGGGGCAGGCUUUGCAAAGUAUAAAUAGUGCGACUUCAAUAGCAACAUCGCGAUCAGAUCUGAACUCUUAGCGGGAAGAAUUGUCAAAGAUCUUCACAUUCAACAAGAUCGCUCCGGCUGGGAAGCCAUCAGCUCCCAUUUCACUCCGGCCCCGUUGCGGCGCGCCCCCUCCCCUCCUCCUCGCCCCAUUGAUGUGUUAUUACUGGGGGCUUUGGAACAGCAAGAGGAAAAAAGCAGGGCAAGGCGCCUGAGCUGCGGCGAUGGAAGAACUUACAGCUUUUGUCUCCAAGUCGUUUGAUCAGAAAGUGAAAGAGAAGAAGGAGCUGAUCACGUACAGGGAGGUUCUGGAGAGUGGCCCUGUCAGAGCAGGCAAGGAGUCGGGCGGCUCCGCCGAGCCGGGCCGGGAAGACGUGAGCAGCCCGGCGGUCCGGGCGGGAGGCGGCGGCGGAGGAGGAGGCGGAGCGCGGUCCCCAGGCAGGGAGCUGGACAUGGGCGCCGCCGACAGAGCCAGGGACACGGGCACUCCCAAACUCAGCGAGGUCUCCCCAGAGCUGAAGGAUCGCAAGGAGGAUGCGAAAGCCAUGGAAGACGAAGGGCAGACUAAAAUCAAACAGCGGAGAAGCCGGACCAAUUUUACUCUGGAGCAGCUGAACGAGCUGGAGAGGCUGUUCGAUGAGACCCACUACCCGGACGCCUUCAUGCGAGAGGAGCUGAGCCAGAGGCUGGGCUUGUCCGAGGCCAGAGUGCAGGUUUGGUUUCAAAACAGAAGAGCGAAGUGCAGAAAACAAGAGAAUCAACUUCAUAAAGGGGUGCUCAUCGGCGCCGCCAGCCAGUUCGAGGCGUGCCGGGUCGCUCCGUACGUCAACGUGGGCGCGCUGAGGAUGCCCUUCCAGCAGGAUAGUCAUUGCAACGUGACGCCCUUGUCCUUUCAGGUUCAGGCCCAGCUGCAGCUGGACAGCGCCGUGGCCCACGCGCAUCACCACCUGCACCCGCACCUGGCCGCCCACGCGCCCUACAUGAUGUUCCCCGCGCCGCCCUUCGGCCUGCCCCUGGCCACGCUGGCCGCCGAGUCCGCCUCGGCCGCCUCGGUGGUGGCUGCGGCGGCGGCGGCCAAGACCACCAGCAAGAACUCCAGCAUCGCCGACCUCAGACUGAAAGCCAAAAAGCACGCGGCUGCUUUGGGGCUGUGACUCCUCCUCCGCCUCCCCCUCCCUUCCUCCUCCUCCUCCUCCUCCUCCUCCUCCGCGAUCACCUCCUGGGGACCCUGCAACUCGCACCAUCCGGAGGAUCACAACACAAAAACAGCCCGGCAAACAAGCGAAAGGCUAAUGACUCCAUGGGCAGAGUCCUACUCACGAGCCGGCGAGCUUUGACUUAAUGCGAAACACACGCGGAGCCAGGCUGCCGAGAGCAGAGACGUUAAAACAAAACACACACAGGCGCGCGCACACAGACACGCGGGGGGACGCGGCCCAGCUGCCCAGCACAGGGGCAAGGCAAGCCGAACAAAACCCCGCGUACAUAAAGGACAGGAACAAAACCACGGUGAGGUGCUUUAUACCUUCAGAAAGAGGAAGAGAAAUAAACCUUAUUCCAGGACAUGGAGAUGAGGGGGAGACAAAUAAAUUAAAAAAAAAGAAGCAACUUUUAAAGGGUUUGGGUUUUUUUUUUCUAAUGGAGAAAAAGAGAGAGACGAGGAACUGAAGGAAGAUAUAUACUUAUUUAAAGAAUUAGAUGAAAUAGAAACGCAGCUGGGAAGUUCACAGGUUUUGAAACUGACCUUUUUCUGCGAAGUUCACUUUAAUACAAGAAAUUUGAUAAGAGAGGCGGGCCUCCUUUCACGUUGCAUCAGAUACUUGAGUUUAACAACCACGUCUGGAAAUGGCGACAAGAAAAGAAGAAGAACAAGAAAAAAGAAAAUAAAAAGACAAUGAUUUCUCUGCGAAUUUCUAACGGGAAAACUGUCCGGGAUACUUCUUCCAGCAGAAUUCCGGGUUGCAUGUAUUUGUAUUUCAUUGAUGGCGUCCCUUUGAUUCACUUGCACUUCACCCUCAUCUUUAGUAGAAAAACAAAAACAAACCAAUGUGGCUGUUUUAUUUUUCUUUUAAUUUUGGAGGGAAAAAGAGAGAGAGAGAGAAAGAAAGAGAGAGAGGGAUCAAGCACUACCUUUCCACUCUUCAAUCUUUGUUGGCCCUUUGCCGUCCCAUCCCUGAAAUAGAAGGGAGCAGAAAGCAUGAGACUAGAGGAGUUACUUCUUUCUCUUUUGCUGGCUCUCUGAUGUUCUCAGGACAAACCUUGUAUUUAAUUCCAAAACCACCACCUUCUAUAAUGGCAAAUUCCAAUCAUAAGUACUAGGUACAUGUAAAAUAUGUUGAUAAACACGAACAAAGUUUAUUUUGGCUAUAACUUGUGAAUUGAUAGUUGACUGUCAGACAUUUACAUUUUAUCUCAUAAAGGUGUAUCUAUUCACGUAAUCUUGUGAUUUCUUUUAAUUUGAAAGACAGAUAGCUAUUUAAUCGGGGGUAUCUUGAAGGGGGUGAUUUCUAUCCCAGUUUGCCAUCAGACCCUCAUGACUUUUAAUGCUCUUUUGCCAAGAAAGAGGGAAAGCUCUUCUAAGUGAACGUUGUUAUGGACGGGCUUUGUAACUAUUUGUUCUCCAUGAAAACAAAAUUAUUUAUAUUUACCAUAUUUUUUCUAGUGUAUUUUAAGUUAUUUAAAGAAAAAAAACUCGAAAAAAUGCUGUUAUUUCAUUACAUUUGCUGUUGGUUCGAUAUAUUUUGUUUCACUCAGGUUUGCUUCACCUUUCUUAAUCGAUUUUAAAGUCACAAAUUUUAAUAAGUGCCAAGUUACAAAAUAUAAGACACUUUGCGAUCUAUUGAAUGAAAAAGGUAAACGUUUUAACUGACGGGUGCCCGUCACUUGCUGGUACUGUUCAUAUUAAAUCAUCAGUGACAUUCUUC